GCUUCCGCCAGGCCCUUCCGGAAAUCCAGUAUCGUGGGGCGACGGCGUAGAAAGUGCUUCCCGGAGCGCAGAAGAGGUCAUCAAUCAUGUGACGGUGGCUUGAGGAGGAACCUGUCUUUAAAGCUGUCCCUGAAGUGACAACGGAGAGAACCAGGCAACCCAGAAACCCCAGGCGUGGAGAUUGAUCCUGCGAGAGAAAGGGGUUCAUCAUGGCGGAUGAUCCUGAGUUUCUGCCUCGAAUGGGGGUGGAGGACACUAAGGUGCUUGAGACUGAGAAAAUUAUAUUCUCCCUACUCACCAAUCCAGCUGGGGACCUAAAGCGAUUCUUGUAUAAAAAGUUACCAAGUGUUGAAGGGCUCCAUGCCAUUGUUGUAUCAGAUAGAGAUGGAGUACCUGUUAUUAAAGUGGCCAAUGACAAUGCUCCGGAGCAUGCGUUGCGACCUGGUUUCUUAUCCACUUUUGCCCUGGCAACAGACCAAGGGAGCAAACUUGGACUUUCAAAAAAUAAAAGUAUCAUCUGUUACUAUAACACCUACCAGGUGGUUCAGUUUAAUCGUUUACCUUUGGUGGUGAGUUUCAUAGCCAGCAGCAGUGCCAAUACAGGACUAAUUGUCAGCCUAGAAAAGGAACUUGCUCCAUUAUUUGAAGAAUUGAGACAAGUUGUGGAAGUUUCUUAAUCUGACAGUGGUUUCAGUGUGUACCUUAUCUUCAUUAUAAUAACACACUAUCAAUCCAGCAAUCUUUAGACUACAAUAAUACUUUUAUCCAUGUGCUCAAGAAAGGGCCACUUUUUCCAACUUAUACUAAAGAGCUAGCAUAUAGAUGUUAAUUUAUGGAUAGAUCAGUUGCUAUAUUUUCUGGUGUAGCGUCUUUCUUAUUUAGUGUGAUCUAGGGAUACCACAGAAAUGGUUCAGUCUAUCACAGCUCCCAUGGAGUUAGUCUGGUCGCCAGAUAUGGAUGAGAGAUUCUGUUCAGUGGAUCAGAAUCAAACUGGUACAUCGAUCCACUUGAGCCGUUGAGUGCUCCCAAUUGUACAAUAUGCCCAGGCUUGCAGAAUGAAGCCAACUUUUUAUUGUGAAUAAUAAUAAGGACAUAUUUUUCUUCAGAUUAUGUUUUAUUUCUUUGCAUUGAGUGAGGAACAUAAAAUGGCUUGAUAAAAGUAAUAAAAUCAGUACAAUCACUAACUUUGUACAUAUUAUUUUACAGUAUAGGUGAAUAUUACUAAUCAGUUUGAUUAUUCUCAGAGGGUGCUGCUCUUUAAUGAAAAUGAAAAUUAUAGCUAAUGGUUUUUCCUCAAACUCUGCUUUCUGUAACCAAUCACUGUUUUAAUGUUUGUGUGUUCUUUAUAAAAUUUAAAUACAAUUCGUUAUUCUGUUUCCAAUGUUAGUAUGUAUGUAAACAUGAUAGUAUAGCCAUUUUUUUCAUACGUGAGUAAAAAUAAAAUAGUAUUUUUAAAAAUAUA